AAACAUUUCAGCUGAUUUCUUGUUGAUAUUUUUUUUCUUCACAAAAUACAAAAUAGUUUUUCACAAAAUAAAAGGAAGAAAACAACACCGUAAAAAUGAUUCAGAAAGUAGAAAUGUCCCUCCGUAGUUUUUACAUAUUCAAUUCAACCUUAGCGAAAAAAGAAGGAGAAGAUGAAAACAAAAUCCUUUUCUAUCACCCCUCAGACAUCGAAUUGGACAAUAAAAAGAAUGAUGUUGGACUAAGUGAAGCAAUUAUCCAGUUUUCUAGUAAAUUUUCUACUAACGAUGGAUGCAAAGCUGUUCACACCCAAAAGACGACACAAAUAUUUUUCCAACCAGAAAAAGAUUACUGGAUGGUCUUGGUGCUAAAUGUUCCAAAAGAAAUUAAACUCAAUAAAGAUGGUGUUGAAGAAGCCGAUUAUAGGGGCGGAGAAGUUCACGAUAAGGUCUUCCGUGCAGUUCUCGAGCAGUCAUAUAGAAUGUUUCGUUUAUUUGCUGGAAAAUUCGUAUCAAAUAUGAUUGGUGAAUCAGAACUGCAACAGGCUGAGAACUUGCGUAAAAAACUCUAUGAUUUCUAUUCCAUGUAUGUACUGACAUUAAAAUUGCCAUCUUGUGAUAUCUUAGAUGCACUUCGAACUAUUCAAUAUAUUCCCCUGGAGAAGGCCCUUUUCCUUAGGGUUCAUAAUUUUAUAAAUAUGAUACAAGCCACAUUUCCUACAGUAGAGAACACAAUAUUCUUCUACAAUGAACAAGUUGUGUGUUCUAAAAUAGAUCCACAUGAUUUGUAUUGUAUUCAUGAGUAUUUGUUGGGUACAGUGUUUCCUAAUGUAACCAACAUUGAACUGAGUGGAGCCUCAUUACAACGUUCGAUUAGUCUGGAUGGAUAUCGACAAGGUUCAUUUAUAAAUGGACCAGACAAGUCCGAGUCAUUCCCCAACUCCUCGAAAGCUCCCAAAAUUUACCUAACAAUCAAAGAUGCGGAUUUGAAAUGCUAUCACAUGAUUAUUUAUCGAGCAAUGAGUGCUACGUUGUGCUUAAUGGUGGAUUCUUCCAAUGAAUUAACCGAUGACUUUUUCCUUGAAUUGCACUCCUUUAUGGGACCACAACUGUCAAGUAUUGCCUCAGACAUAGGAGAAUCAAUCAAAUCGAAACUUACAAGUGACGCCAACAAUCCUCCAACCGAUCCAACGGACACCAACAACCCCAAAUUUCUCUUCAUCAACGAACUCAGUCUCAUUCAUCAUACAAACAUCUAUGCUGACCAUCGCCGACCUAAAACUUGUACCAUUCCACCAAAUGUUAUGAACCUUAUUGCCGAUUUACAUGAAGACAAGAAAUCAGACAAACUAGAAGAGGUCCACAUCAAAUGCAUCAAUGAUUAUUGGAUAGUGAAGAAAAGUUCCAACUGGCGUCAGUUUUAUGUAAUAAUCUCAAAUAACAGAGCUACUUUAUUGGAUAUAACGAACGAAGCCAAGAAGAUCUUCGACCAAGAAAUUACAAAUGAUGUAUUUUUUGACAAAUAAACAUAAUUAUAAUUAGAAUAAA